UUAACUACGACUCCUUUAUAUCUUUCUCUCUAUAUAAACAAGUUCCCAAGCAAGACCUGUUAAACAUAUAUCGAUCCAAGUCCAACUUGAAAGAUGGGGGGUAAUAAGGGCGCACGAUCCGUCUGUCUUGUUUGUUUCCUAUGUUUUGCAGGAUGGACUGUCUUUGCUGUUCAAGGGAAACAGGUUCAACGACACCUUUUGGUCAACACCGCAGCAAAUUUACUUGCAACUCAUCAUGAUAUACCAAAUGAACACCACCACCACCACAACAUAGGAGAAAGCAACCAGAAGAUAGGAGGAGGACCUCAGCAGCAUUCAAGAGGCAGAAGAUCUAAACCCGCUAUUCCCAACCAGGGGAAUGGGAAUGGGAAUGGUACGACGUGGUGCAUAGCGAAGCCAUCAACAUCGCAAGAAAAGCUGGACGAUAUAAUAGAAUUCUGCUGUACACAAAAAGGAGUUGAUUGUGGAGUAAUCCAGGCAGGUGGAAACUGUUAUCUUCCACCAAACAAGAUAUCUGAUGCAUCUGUUGUAAUGAACAUAUUCUACAAACUCAAUGGAAAACUAGGUUUCACCUGUGACUUUAAUCGAACCGGUCUCAUUGUUACUCAGGAUCCUUCUGUUGGCAACUGCAUUUACCCAGCCUGAAUAAACCUGUUAUGGAGGAGAUAGAUGGUUUAUUAAUAAAACAGCUCAGCUUAUUCGAUUAUGUCUAUCUAUUAGUAUAGCAAAUGGUGAAUUAAAAUCAUUCCAGUGUAUAUAUAGACAAUGGAAAUGGAAAUAUUAUAUUAGUUAAUUUGCUGUUCCAUUUAUUUUAUUUCCAUUUAAAGUUCUGUGUUUGCUAUGAUUAUUGAUUGCAAGCCAACAUCUUAUGAUAAUGGUGAUCAAGGUUGAGGGUUGUCCCAGUUGAGAGGCUUAUAAUCAGGGUCAUCCCUAGCUAGCAAAAUG